UGUAGACCAGAGCCUCCAGAGAAAUUUGGACCUCCCAACUCUCUGGAGGCUACUGGAGGUUUCUGGAGCUUUGGCGAGAGCUUUCUGGAGCUUUCUGGAGGCGCUGGAACGCUCUCUGGAGGUUUCUAGAGCUUUCUGGAGCUUUCUGGAGGUUUCUGGAGGCGCUGGAACAGACCCUUUGUUGCCGGUGUUCAGUGGUAGUGGAGGUUGAACUUACUCAAGUAUUUUGCUACACAAAAGUGCACAUCAACAUUAGAAUAAUCACGAUGAAGAUAGUUUUGUUAUCACUUAUCUGUAUUUACGUACGCUGUUUCGCCGAAGAAGCUGAGGUCUCGACAAAGCAAUACGUCUCGACUGACUUUGAAAGCAAAGUGAAGGAAAACAAUCAUUUUGUUAAGUUUUUUGCCCCUUGGUGUGGCCACUGCAAACGACUGGAACCUACGUGGGAGGAGCUGAGCAAGAAGUACAACACUGAUGACUCAGAAGUCACCAUAGCAAGGGUAGAUUGCACCACUGACUCCUCGGUUUGCUCAGAUAAUGAAGUCACAGGAUAUCCCACUCUAAAAUUCUUCAGCAAGGAUGGUGGUGAACCCGUGAAGUACAAGGGUGCUAGAGAUCUGCCAUCUCUGGAAAAGUUCAUCAAAGAACAACUGGGUCAGGAGUCUGACGAGGAUGAGGAUGAGGAAUCCGCUGAGGUGCCAGAGCCUGUGAAAGGUCUGACCGAGCUAACUGGGAAGACAUUCAAGAAGGCCACUGAGAGCGGCAGCUACUUCGUCAAGUUCUACGCUCCUUGGUGUGGUCAUUGUCAGAAACUUGCCCCCACUUGGGAGAAACUGGCUGAAUCUCUUGCUGAUGACAAGUCUGUCAACAUUGCAAAGAUUGAUUGUACCACCAACAGGGAUACUUGCUCUGAGUAUGAGGUCAAGGGAUACCCUACACUUCUUUGGAUCCAGGAUGGAAAGAAAGUCGCAAAGUAUCAGGGGGAUCGCUCUUCAGAGGACCUGAAGAAGUUCAUCACCAAGAUGACUGGUGCUGGUUCUGAAGAAGAGCCAAAAACUGAGGAGAAGGAAACUGAAGAGAAAGGAAAGGCCCCAGUGGUAGUUCUGAUGGCUGAUACCUUUGAGAACAGCAUCAGCCGUGAUUACACCUUCAUCAAGUUCUAUGCUCCAUGGUGUGGCCACUGCAAGCGUCUUGCACCUACAUGGGAUCAGCUAGCAGUGAAGAUGGUGUCCAACCCCUCAAUCAAGGUUGCCAAGGUUGACUGCACUGAGAACGACAACAGGCCUCUCUGCUCCAAAGAGGGUGUUUCAGGAUUCCCGACAAUCUUCCUGUACCAUGAUGGAGACAAAGUCACAGAGUAUGAGGGAAACAGAUCACUGGAUGACAUGGCCAAUUUCCUCAAGUCCAACAUGAAGCCUGCUGCCAAAGAUGAGCUCUAGACUGUGCCAGUUUCAUUCCACAGUUUUCAAAACCAGAUCUGUCAUUGAAGGUCAUAAGUGUUGAACUCAAUGGUUGACUGGCUUCAUUAGACUGCUGGUCAAUGGUCAGUUAAAACUGUGCCUGCUCUGCUACAGCAAUAUAUGAUGAAAUGUGAACAUCAUGCUACUGAAAAAUACUUGAGCUUACCUACCUUGCUUAUUGCUGCUUCAAAUAAUUUCCCAAUGUUAUGUUAUGGUCUUGGGGGCUGGGGCACAUCUAGGUACUCAUGCGUAGAAGUGAUUAUGAUCAUGAGCAUUGGCAGAAUAGUUGGAUCAACUUGAGAUUGUGACUGUGCUGUGGGCCACUGAAGGCCAAAUGCUAGCAGUUCCAUGCACAAUUAUGCCCAUGCUGAAAAAGUUGUAAUUCAGAUUUCAGAGUUGGGCGCCUGUCAGGCUGUGUGAUAGUGUGACAACUCAUUUGGCAUACUCAAUAUUUGGUCAGCAACUUCACCAUGCACUGAAGACAGUUUGUCAUGCCAUUCAUAUUUGGUGUUAAAAUACAUGUUCCAUGAUUCAC